GAAUUGUAAUAUAUUUAUUAACUAUUGAAAACAAGAAAAAACUUAUAUUGGUUAGUUACUUAGAUUAUUUGAUUUGAUUUCGGUUCAUCUGACACAUGUAAGUGAACAGUAUUUUGUAUGGUAAUGUAAUAAACAAACAAACAAACAAAUAAAGUUAACUGACUAACAAUAAAACACACAUAAAAAGUUUUAUUGUUAUUCAGUUAACUUUAUUUGUUUGUUUGUUUAUUGCAUUACCAUUACAAAUUAUUAUUCACUGACAUGUUUAGAAUUAUUUUUCAAAUAAUUUUGUUUGUUUCCUUCGUUUUUUUUUUCAUUGUGCCAUAUUUCAAUCUCUCUCUUUUUUUGUUUAUUUGUUUGUUUGUUUUAGAUGGUUAUUUAACAUUAGCCUAUUUGUCUAAUAGAUAUUUUCCAAGGUUAGAAUUAAAAAAACUUAAUCUAAUAUCGAAUAGAAUGAAUAAUAUUAAUGAAACAUUACAUUAUUCAAUAGAAUAUUUAAAUGAUAAUUUUAAUAUAUAUAAUAAAAAUUAUUGGUCUAUAAAUAUAAAUUCUAUACGUUGGAAUAAAUUAUUACAAACGAAUAAAUUGAAAAAUUCUCAUUUUACUGAAAGUUAUGAAUUUAUAUUUUAUAAAAUUUUAUCAUUACCUGGUAAAAGAUAUAUUAUUUUUCAAGAACCAGCAAUAGAAACUCAACUUAGAGAAAAUCCAUGGACAUCUGAACAUAAGAUUGUAUAUACACGUAUAGCUCGGAUCUGUACAGAGGAUAAAGGGUUUCUUAUGCCAAAUGACGGAAGUAAGCUGUUCACAUCAUUUUUUAAGACAAGGCUUGUAUGUCAAGUUCGUACAAAAACAAAAAACUUAGAUGGAUCACCUAGUAUCUCAUCUACAAAUCGUGAUUUUAAUUAUCUUGUUGCAUUAUCAACAAGUUAUUUACCAGAAAUUAAAAAUGAUUUACUUAUUUAUGGUUUAUUCUCAGCUCGUGAUCCUCAAUUAAAUAAUGAAUUACCAUUAAAAUUAACAAAUAAUUUAAUAUCAUCUGGACCAUUAGCAUUAUGUAUUUAUAAACUUUCUACUGUGGAUAAAAUUAUUGAAUCUAGUGAUUUAAUGUUACGUUUACCAACAUUUUCUCCAUCAUAUUAUAAAGAACAAAUAAAUAUUAUUUAUGAAAAUUAUUCAAAAUUCAAUAAUGAAAGUAAUUUGUUUACACAUGGUAGGCAUAGAUAUUCAAAUGGUUUCAAACGAAUAAAUCGUGAUAAAUAUUCAUAUUUAAAAAACUUUACAAAGUGUCCAGGUUCAACUACAUCAAAUAAACGUUUAGCAUUAGAAGCAUCAUUAUUAGUUGAUUCAGUUUAUCCAGAAAGAUUAGAUAUUCUUGGUAUGAUUGAACCACAUUCACAAAUUACUGGAUUUAUUAUUGAUCCACGUCAUGUUGCUAAAAUUUAUCAAGAUAAAACACAACCUGGACAAAUAAAACAUAUACGUUAUACAAUAUUUUAUGUUGGAACAAAUAAUGGUGAUGUUUAUAAAAUGUUAUUAUUUAAUGAAAUAGAAGAUAAUUUCUCUGAAUUAUUUCAAUUUAAAUUAAAUAAAUAUGAAAAAAAUUUUAAUUUAACUAAACAAAUUUCAAUGAAUUUUAAUCGAACUCAAUCAAUUUUAUCAAUGAUAACUUCUGGUAAUAUUUAUAUAAUAAAACAAUUAUUAAUAUCUAAAAAACAAAAUAAAAUAACAAAUUUAUUAUUAUUACAUAAAUCUUAUUUAAAUAAAACUAUACAAAUACGAUCUAGUAAUGAAGAAUUUAAUUAUUCUACAAUGGAUAUAUUUUCUUUAUUAAUUUUUACACAUGAUACAAUCAUACAAAUUGAAUUAACUCAAUGUGAUAAAGUUCAAACGUGUAGAGAGUGUUUAGCACUCAAAGAUCCAGACUGUUAUUGGAAUAAAAUGUUAAAAAAAUGCGAUACUAAUUCAGAAGGGUUAAGCAAUAUUCUAACUGGUUUUCACAAGGAAUGUGGAGAAUCAAAUGACGUCGAAUUGAAAAAUCCUGAAAAUUCCGAAAAUUCAGAUCGUCUGAGAAAAUUAGAUUUAUUUAAAGUUCCGCUUGAUUUAACUAGUAAAGGAACAUUUUCUACUGGAUUAUUAUAUCCAUUUCAAAAUAACUGGAAAUUUUUAUUUUCCGGAUUUAUCGGUAUCAUUAUUGGUUUAAUUAUAGGUGUAAUAUUUUUUAUUAUUAGAAAAAAGUAUUUGAAAUUGUCACAUUCUCAAAGCAACAGAUUAUCAAUUAGAAAUAAUGAAACUAUUGCAGAUAGAUCAUUUAAACAAAUACAUAAUAUUACUAAUAAUCAAGAUAACUUUCCCAUUAAUCAAUCUAAACAACUACAUGAGAUUUCAACUUCACAUUUUAAAUUCGUAACUAAUUCUAGUAUACCUAUGAUAGAUAAUCGUGAAAUGAUUUUAUCUCCAUUAAAUAACACAUUAGAUCCUUAUAAUAAUCAAACAAUCAUAGAAUCAAUUCAUAAAAAUAAUGAUAUAGAAUUAUUGAAUUCACCUAAACAAAUAAUAACUUCUAAUUUAACAUUUGAAGAUGAUCAAAUCAAUAGAUUAAAUCUAAAUUCGAAUAAAAUAAAAAAUUCUUUUAUAAAUUAUUCAUCUAAUAUUAAUAAUGAUAAAAAACCCUUAGAGAUUACUAACAAUCUUAUUAAUUCUAAUGAUACUAUUAGUUAUAAUUAUAAUGUCGAUUUAGGAAAAUACAAAAACUCAGAACUAUCCACAUUUUUAACAUCAUAAACAUGAUAAUAACAUUAAACUACAAUUCAAUGUUCAUAUUUGCAAUUCCUUUAUUUCUUUUUUUUAAUUUUUUUUGUUAAUUCAAUAAAUGUUAAUAAUCAUUAAUUUACUUAUCUUUUUUUUGGAUUUCAAUCUUACUUGUACAUAAUUGGUUAAUAUCAAUACUGAAUUAAAGCAUGAUAUAAAGGCAUUUGCAUUUUGUAUUCUAUGAUACUCGUGUAUUUAAUUUCAAUCUUUAUUCUCCAUAUCAUUGAUCAUUGUACUAUAGAUACAAGUAAUGACUUUGUAGUGAACAAGAACGCCAGUUGGGAACAACCGAAUAUAUCUGACAGAAAAUUACAGAAUUUGUUAAUAAAAUCUAAUAAUCAUAUAGUAAAUGCUUAAUUUGCAAGAUGUUCAUUAAUUGUUUCUAAAAUGACUCAGAUUUCAUUGUUCAUGCAUUUUUAUACAAACCGUAUUCCGUUUUCAUUCGUUACUGUUCCAUCCAUUUGUCUCCCUACUGCCAGAUAUUCUGUUCCUG